AUGCUGGAGUGGGUUGCCAUUCCCUUCUCCAGGGGAUCUUCCCGACCCAGGGAUCGAACCUGCAUCUCCUACAUUGCAGGUGGAUUCUUUACUGCCGAGCCAUCAAGGAAGUCUGAACACAUUAAUCACACAAAGCCAUCUUCAUUCAUUGAUGGCCGGUUGUCACUUUUAAAUUAUUUUUGGCUGUGCUGGGUCUUCAUUGCUGCAUAUAGGCUUUCUCUAGUGGCAGCGAUCCGGGACUCCUCUCAGGUGAGGUAUACAGGCUUCUCUCGUCGCAGAGUGCGGACUCGGUUGUGGCUUGCAGGCUCUGUAGCUGGUGGGCUUCAGUAG